GUACAUGAGUUAAAUUGUAGUAGAUAGAAAUCAUUGAAGAUGUCUGUUGUGUAACCAUUCCACCCUAGAAAAAGAAUGAUUCAAAUCAUGAAGGGGCCAAAUGUAUACAGUAGAUGACAUUCAUUGCCAGGAUGAGUGACUCUGCGUUUCUGAGCAGAACUUUAAAUGGGUUUGUUGAAUAUUUAAUUGUGUUGCAGUUGCAGACAAUCUGUUUUUGUAAAUGCGCAUGACAACGCAGACAUGCAUCCAGAUUGUCUGACAAUCCAAGGGAGAGUCAUGCUGCUCUGGUUUAUGUUUUAGUCUAAAACGCAGACAUUAAUACCACAGCACUGAUAGUCUAAAUGUAUUUUAAACAAGUAACACAAUAAAAUGUCUUUUUUUUCUGUGUAACACAGACAUAGACAUAGAUACCGCAACACUAAUAACAUAACCCUAUUCUGUUUCAUUCAUCCUCCAAGCAAAAAUAUUGAAUUACACUGGGGAACAAUAUUUUUUCAACUUUCUGUUGCAUUGGAUUUUUUAACUGAUUCUGAAUGAUUUUUAGGUGCUGAUUUCAAAUCUGAAAUUAGUUUUUCUCCAUAAGCUCUAGUUUUCAUGCAAUUUGAGAUAGAUGAAAUAGUCUAAAUAUAUGAACUUACGUAACCCAAAUCUAUGCGUUUUGAGAUUAUAUACAUAGAUUCCAUUCCUGUUCCAGUUUUCAAAGGUUUGCCUUCAUUAAACGAUAAAGACAUUGGACAUGAUACGAACGAGGAAGACAGUUGUGACAAUGAAUUGCCAGAAACUGAGUGGGAACAAUCCGAGGAAUGUUCUUCAGAGACUAAAUCUCCCCCAGUCCCCAAGCCUCUUCACCAAACUGAACUGAAUGACUUAGUUCGGGAUUUAGGUCUUUCAAAGAAAGCAGCUGAGCUUUUGGCAUCAAGAUUACAAGGCAAAAAUCUUGUUGAUCACACUGUUAAAGUGUCAUAUUACAGAAAGCGCGACCAGCUUUUUGUGACCUUCUUUUCUGAAGACAGACAGUUUGUUUACUGCCAUGAUAUCCCAGGUCUUCUCAAAGAACUGGGUGUUCCUCACUAUGAUCCAACUGAAUGGCGGCUCUUUAUAGACAGUUCUAAACACAGUCUCAAGUGUGUUCUUUUGCAUAAUGGCAAUGUUUACGGGGCAGUGCCUGUAGGUCAUUCAGUUCAUCUGCGGGAAGACUAUGAUGACAUCAGAAUGGUCAUGGAAUUCUUAAAAUAUCGUGAGCACAACUGGAUCAUUUGUGUAGACUUGAAAAUGGUAAACUUCCUUCUUGGUCAACAGAAAGGUUUCACCAAGUUUCCAUGUUUCCUCUGCAUGUGGGACAGUCGAGCACGAGACAGACACUGGGUCCAGAAGGACUGGCCUGUUCGUGAAACCCUUGAAGCAGGCAUGCCAAAUAUCACACAUGACCCAAUUGUUGACAGAGAUAGGAUCAUCUUUCCUCCUCUGCACAUCAAACUAGGUUUGAUGAAACAAUUUGUCAAGGCACUGGAUACCGAAGAUUCGAACCCUCAUUCGUGAUGAUCAGUUUGUUACCAAGAUGACCGCCUUGGAGAGGGCAGCAUGGUUAUUCUUUGUGGCAGUCGCUUAGAACUUCCUUGGAAACAACAAGGCAGAGAACUACAAUGAACUUGUGAACAGAAUGCUCCUCGCUUUUCGUGCUCUCAGGUGCAACAUGAGCAUCAAGCUUCAUUUCUUGAACAGCCACCUUGACCAGUUCCCUGAAAACCUGGGGGCUGUGAGUGACGAACAAGGAGAGCGGUUCCACCAAGACCUAAAGAUCAUGGAAGAACGCUACCAAGGUCGCUGGGACAAAAGCAUGAUGGCCGACUACUGCUGGAGUAUUAAACGAGAUUGCCUAGAUGAAGUGUACAAACGCAAAAGUUACAAACGCAAAUUCCUGCCUGACUAAAAUACUGUACUGACAGAAAGUGAUAAGCGUUAUUAGCUGUGAUUGACUCUUAUCUGAAGAACGUUGUAAAUUAUGCUUAUUUCACGUUGCGAUAAAGACUGUUUUCUGAGAAACGCUUCCAGAAAAACAUAUGGCACUUCUAACAAUGGUGUACUUUAAUCUAAAAUCACAUUUUAAUGUUCUGUUUCUUUUGCCUUGUUAUAUAUACUGAUUUGUGGCUGACAUUGCAAUAUCCUAUAAUAAUGUUCGAUUUUUUUCCAUUUUUAAUCAAAAUUAAAGAUUGCAUAAAAUCUGUAGCUUGCAGAAAAAAACUAACUUCAGAUUUGAACUCAGCAGACUUAAAUUGACUAAAAACAAGUCUUACUUUAAAUGCAACAUUUUGAGUGUUCCCCAGUGUUAUCAUUGAAUCCAAAAGCAAGUUAGAUUAGAUAUUCACUGCAUCACUGUAUUCAGUCACAGAGCAGGUCGGUCUUCAUAUUAAUUCAAUAAAAAAAGCCUCCUUUCUUGGGUGGAUUCCUCAAGCAGAGUAUUGAAUUAAAUCUGAAAAGAAGCAUUGUCUCAAUCAAAUAAACAACUCUUUUUAACGUUUUGUUUUUUUUGUUGACUCACUGAGAGGGCUAACUGUUGACUUUUAAACAGUAUAUAGACAAAUAGUUC